UAGUAAAUGACAGUUGUUGUAUUAGGCGGGCGGGAGUUGUAUAAUGGGCGACUUUCACCGAGAUGAAUGGGGCGACACGUGCAUAAAGCAUAGUGCGGGUCGCGAAAUGUUCGCAACUCGUUUCUUUAAUGUACGCCGUUUCAUUCAUGAUGGCUGCCUUCCAUUCAUAAAAAGCCGAAGUAUGGUUUGGGAGGCCGCCGUUCGUCGCGCUACCGUCGCCACUCUCCGGCCCGCCGUUCUCAAGCAGUUCCCCAUGUGGCGUAGCGGAAUAUUGUAGUGUCGUGCCUUUGCCUUAAUUCGUGGCUCGUGGCCACAAUUUUUAAGUUUUAUGCGGCUUGUUGUGCGUAAAUAAUGUCGUUUAAAUAUGGUGUUGCACCAAAUCGAGGUGCGCCGUUGGUUGUGCUUAAUAUUUUACAUAGAGAUAUUAUAGACUGGCGACGAUGACGGACCAAGGUGGAACCUGGGUAGGCCGCUAGUUUCUUCGGCCACAUGGCACAACAUGGAGGCCAUACAUCCCUGCCGCGGGCGCACCGACCGCGGGCGCCCAUCAUGAGCGCCCCGACACCUCUAAUUGCACCACUAGCUCCGCUACGGCAACCGCCACCGGUCACGCUUACCGUUCCAAGACCCGACUCCGAACGUACCACCAACGAGUAUGUUGAAACACCGAUCCGAGCCGCCGUCCCAUCUCCUCCGCCACAACCGCCGAGGUCGCAGAGACCGACAAGGUUGGCGUUGCCAUCACCACCACCUCCGGUUACAAAACAACCCUCGACCGCAACUUUUAGUAAGGAACCAUUGGAAUGCACUUCAAGACCUUCCAUCAUGUGUCCGGAGUGUGGUAGAUGUCGGUGCGAUUCGUGUCAACAACCGAGGCCGCUGCCGUCGCGGUGGAUGUGCGAUAACCAUUGUUUUUGUUCCGCCGACACCGUCAUCGACUAUGCGACGUGUUUAUGUUGCGUUAAAGGUUUAUUUUAUCAUUGUUCCGACGCGGACGGGGGCGCAUCCUGUGCGGACGAUCCAUGCGGAUGCAGCCCGGAGAAGCGAACUUCUCGGUGGAGUUGUUUGGCGGCGCUUUCUUGUGUCCUUCCGUGUUUAUGGUGUUACUGGCCUUUACAGUGUUGUAAACGUAUUGUGGAAGCGUGUUACGCGAGACACUCCAGACAGGGAUGCCGUUGUAGGCCGCCACUCGCGAAUACCGAAAAAAGGCUGCUGGACACGACCCCGGACCUUUAGUGCGCGAGAUAGUGUCGAGUUGGAUGAUCAAAUUAAUAAAUUACUCUCGGUGAUGCAUCUUCGACUUUCGUAGCACAAUUUCAUCCGACUCCUGUUGUGUACCUCUUUCGCAACUUUGUACAUUAUUAAUUUAUUUUUGUAAAUAUAUUAGUGUUAACAUGAAUGAGUCCGUAAGCCAUCUGCUUCGUGAGUUUGUAAUUUUCUGAGCGCCUCGAUAGCCCACGUGGGUUACACGCCGCCGCUACCACCGGCAUUGACGACAUCUUAGCAAGGGUGUCCAGAAGGGGGGCGCCAGGGGUCGACUCUCCAGUAUUAUCUAGUCCUGUGCGCUAAAACGACUCUCUCAACUUGUGUGCACGAACCUACUGCGAUACCUGCAUAUACAUACCAUUCACACAGCUUAACAUUUUUAUAUCUUAUUCAUGUAUCGUAUUUAUUUCUUUAAUUUCUGUGAAAUUACAUUUAUAUACGAACUGCAAGCAAGUUGAAAGGGAAGUUAUACUUUCAUAAAAAAUGUGUGCAUGGUUGUAUACGUGUGUAUGUAAACUUUUUACGUAACAAAAUUUUAUAGUAUGCUGUACUACAUAUAUUACAACUUACCAGAAUAUCUAUCGCAAAAAUUCAUUAAUAAUUAAAUGUAACUGGCACUAGAAGAACAUCCAUUGCAUUGCAUUCGCCGCCUUGAUCUCCGGCAAAUUUUAUAAAACUACCCUCGCAACCUCUUCAAUCGUUUGUUCCUGAAAAAUUUAUCCGCGCGCACAUUGUGAUAUAUUUUAUAAAAUAUGCCAAAUCAAAGCGGCCCGUUGUUUCGUGUAUUCGUAAGUUCGUAUGACAUGUUGCACACUCAUAAAAACAAAAACGCCGCCUAAGUUAUUAACAAAUUUGUUCUAAAAAACAAAGCUCAUUGCAUAUAAUGUAACAAAUUCCGCCUUUUGUUUUUAUGAUCGAAGAACGUAUUGCACCUCUGCUCGACGUUUAGGUGUAAGACAUCUUGAAAGGCUUUUGUAUAGGAGGGAGUACUCUCAGAUAUGUAGUGCCAAAAGGCGCAAUAGCUCGUCAAGCUACUUGUAUAUGACUGUAUAUAAAUAUUAUCUAAAAAUGUUAAUAACAAAACAGACCAACGUGAAUAUUAAAUGCAGUUUUAUUAUUA